AUGAAUGCGCCAUAUCAACCAAAUCUGCAUCAGCCAGUUCCUCAAUUUGGCACUCCUCAACCGGACUACGCCGUCACCUAUGUGACCAAUGAAGCCCAGGGCGACGUCCACGUUUUUGUUCCUGAUGGGUAUGACAUAGAUUUUGUCAGAGACAUCGCUCAAAACUUCAGCCGAAGAGUCCAGGAGCCGGUCAUCGUCUACCAUGACGAGAUACGACGCAAGUUUCGACUUUGCCCGGCACCAGCUCCUCACCCCUUUGCUCACGACUAUGGAGUUCACGUACUUUCUUGCGACAUGACAAUCCCCCCUCCGCCUCCGCCAGGCCUUAUGCCAGAGGCAGCCCCAGUCUUGGGUGAGCCUGUCGAGCAGCAGGAGCUCAACGAGCCUCGUAUUCCCCGACCUCCCAAUAGCUGGAUCUUAUACCGCCAGGCAAAAUCGAGGGAGCUCAGCGGAGCAGAUGGCAAGUACGCCGGAAUGACAGCGUCUGAGCUUUCAACAGUCAUUUCUACAAUGUGGCAUGACGCGCCAUCUGAAGAACGCGAGUAUUGGCAAGAAAGAGCAAGAGAAGAGGAGCGAAUUCACAAGCAGAUGUAUCCCGGCUACAAGUAUACAACAAAGAAGUCGGCAGCAAAGGCUCCAAAAUAG